UAGUAAACAAACAGUGCAAAGUUGGUUUUUUGUAUGUUCAAGCUAUUAAUUUGCCAUUAACAAGAUCAUUCACGUAAAUUAUAUUAUAAUCAGUGGAUCAAGGUGACGAAAAUUGGUGUGAACAUUGCAGACAGUAAAAAAAUUCUAACUACAUACUACUAUCCUUGACCUGAGUAAUGAUGGAAGAGUCCCUGCAAAUUAAGCUAGAAACAGAAGCUUUCGAACUAACGUUCGCUCAGAGCUCUGAUAAUGACAAUACGAUAUUCGAUAACCCAAAGGAAGAGGAUAUCGAAUUCGAUAACAAAAAUAAUAGUUUUGAUGUCUCAAAUACGAGUUUUAGUACAGAGGAAAAGAGCAAUCGACUGUCGGAAGACUCUGACGAUUCCGAAAACAGCUAUAAUCCAUCUGAUCAAACCAAAAAAAAUCUCAUGACCUCGUACGCUCCAGUCAACGUCCUCAGCAGUCAGCAUGUGGUAUCCCCCAUUUCUAUCAGUGAUUCUACACGACUACUUGAAUGCGAACUUUGCGGCAAGCGAUUCACACGAAAGAGAAGACUAGUCGAGCACCUUUGGCAGCAUACUGGCGAAGGGCCAUUCAGUUGCGAUAUCUGUGGUAAGGUAUUCUCCGGUAGAGUGGAACUUAGGAAUCAUCGGAAUACCCACAUUGGUAGGCGGCCGUACAAAUGCACUCUGUGUGGCAGUGAUUUUGUCUACAAAAGUUGUUUAACUAGACACAUGCUCAUUCAUACGGAUGAGCGGCCAUACACAUGCGAAGUGUGUGGCAAAGGUUUCACCCUUCAACACAAGCUGACUACGCACAGACGCCUUCAUACGGACGAGCGACCGUACAAGUGCACUGUAUGCGACAAAAGUUAUAUCCACAAAUGUAGUCUGACAUCGCACAUGUUUAUUCAUACGAAAGACUGGCGAUACAAGUGCACCGAGUGUGGUAAAGGUUUCAAUGAUCAUUUUACGCUGAAUACACACAUGCUCGUUCAUACUGGUGAGUCACCAAUUAAGUGCAAAAUUUGUGACAAAGAUUUUCCUAACCAGCAGAAGCUGGCCAAACACAUGUUCACUCAUACGGGCGACAAGCCGUACAUGUGCAACGUUUGUGGCAAAGAUUUUACCAACAAAUAUGAGUUGAUCACACACAUGCGUCGUCAUACAGGCGAGCGGCCAUUUAAGUGCAACAUUUGUGGCAAAGGUUUUAUACACAAAGGAAAUCAGAUCACACACCAGCAACGUCAUACGGAAGAGCGACCGCACAAAUGCUCCGUGUGUGGCAAAAGUUAUUCCCUCAAAUAUAAUCUGACUGUACACAUGUAUGUUCAUACGGGCGAGCGCCCUUUCAAAUGCACCGAGUGUAGCAAAGAUUUUAACAACAAAAGUACCCUGACCAAACACAUGCUCGUUCAUACGGGUAAGCGACCAUACAAGUGCGACAUGUGUGGUAAAGAUUUUAUCCACGAGAAGGGCCUAAUCGCACACAUGCGCCUUCAUACUGGUGAGCGGCCAUACAAAUGCACUUUCUGUGAAAACAGUUAUGCCCACAAAUCUAAUCUAACUACACACAUGUUCGAUCACACGGGAGAGCGACCGUUCAAGUGUACCGAGUGUAGCAAAAGUUUUACCGACAAUUAUAAGCUGACCUCACACAUGAUCCUGCAUACGGGCGAGCGGCCGUACAAAUGCACUUUAUGUGACAAGGAUUUUACCAACCAACAAAACCUGACCAGACACAUUAACAUGCAUACGAAUGACCGUCCGUAUAAGUGUGUUUCGUGUGAUAAAGCUUUUAUGUUCCAAAGCCAGCUGGACAAACAUAUGCCCGUUCAUACUGGUGAGUGGCCAUUUUGGUGCAGUGUGUGCAGUAAAGGUUUUGCUUACAAAUCUGAAUUGACGAAACACAAGCUCGGGCGCAAAAAGUGUUCGGGAGAAAGUUUAUCCAGCAAGUAAACCAGCUUAGACACAAUACAGGGGAGUGGCAGGUUAGGUGCGCUGUUGAUCAUCGUAAAAUUCAUUUAACUUUUACAUCGGAUUAAGCUAUUAGCAAGAUGGGGUAAAUAACGCAGACAAUAAACCAAUAGAUCCAAAUUACGUUUUUUUUAACUUUACUACUGCACUAUGGGAUACUCAACGUGCAUAUCCGGAAUAUGUUAGACCCUUUGAGUACACUAAAUACAGCAAUAAAGAGCAUUCAGACACAUUUGAUGAAUAAAGGCUUAAUGAUGGA